CCAUUUUAAUCAGCGUUUGGACCAAAACGUUCAAAAAUAAAUUCACUACUGUACGUUAUGUAGGCAUUAAAACAUCUCUACGCUGUAAUACACAUUAUUUAAGAUCAAUAUACUAACUAGACUACGUAUUCAAAUUACACGUGGAAAAAAUAGAUCUGUACCGAUUUUAAAAUUAGAAUAAAAUGACUAAUAUGUUAAUAUAAACUUUAAAACAACACCAAAAUACAGUCCGAGGUGUUUCCUCAUGAUAACAAAUAUUCCACAUGACGAAAUGCUUUCAAGCCACGUAUUUGGGUGACGAGACCACACGGGGAAUUAUCCGGUAAAAUAUUCCAAUAAAACAGAGUCCAUAUGAAUAAAUAAUGAAAGAAUAUGAAAACGACGCAAUAAACCCAAACACGAACGACGUCACAAGCAAAGUCGCUCUUCGAGUUCAAGGGGAGCCAAAAAUGAUUAUCCCAUUGAACGCAGUUACGUCGUCAUUGUUGUAAUCCAAUGUGGGGUCAUUAUUGUUAGCAACCGCAACGUCAUAAUAAAUAAAAAUAAAGUUAGUGACCAAAAAAGUGGCCGGCGAUGGACUACAACUACAAAUGAUCUUCAGAAAUUCCACCCAGUUCACACAAAAAGACAUGACAUGAACAACUGAAGUACUUAUUCGCUGAAAAGCUGCUUUAGCAAGGUGUGGCGUGGGUGGUGGCGGGGGGCGUGGCUCAGCAGGAUGGAGACAACCGCUUCAUUCUGCUAUUACUUCAAGCACCCGUGGUCGCGUAUCACGGUGGCCUACCUGGUGGUCUUCUUCAACUUCCUCAUCUUCGCCGAGGAUCCCGUGUCCCACAGUCAGACGGAGGCGUACAUAGCGGUGGUGGGCAACUGUUUCUCUUUCCUUUUCAACAAGUACCCCGGAGCUGGGUGGAGCGUCCUCAAAGUGGGGUGCUGGUUGCUGGCCAUUCUCACCGGGCUCGUGGCUGGGAAGUUUGUCUUCCACCAACUGCUCUUUGGUCGAUACCUGCGCCUGAAAGUCUUCCGUGAGGAUCACGGCUCCUGGAUGACCAUGUUCUUCACCACCAUCCUCUCCCUCUUCUUCUUCUCACACAUCUACAACCUCUUCCUGAAGGCUGGCAGCAUGGAGUCUCUCAUGGUGACGGAUGGCAUGGGCAUCAAGAACGCGAGCUUUAUGAAGAUUGCUGCAGUGGGCACCUGGAUGGGGGACUUUGUUACUGCGUGGAUGGUGACAGAUAUGAUGCUUCAGGAUGAGAACUAUCCGCAGUGGGGGAAAGGCGCUCGAAGGUUCUGGAAACAAGGCAACAAUAGGAUUGUCCUCUUCUGGACCGUGCUGGUCUCCCUGACGUCAGUGGUGGUUGUCGCCAUCAGUACCAACUGGAUCUGCUGGGACUGCCUGAACCGAGGCUUCCUGCCCAGCGAUGAGGUCUCCAGAGCCUUCCUGGCCUCAUUCAUCUUGGUCUUCGACCUCCUCAUUGUCAUGCAGGACUGGGAGUUCCCUCACUUCAUGGGGAACAUGGAUCUAAAUUUGCCGGGACUGCCCACGGCGCAGUUGAAUUUCAAGCUUCCCGUCUGCAAAUAUAUCGUCAAAGAGGAGUAUCGCAUUCAUAUCACAGGGAAGUGGUUCAACUACGGCGUCAUCUUCCUGGUGAUGAUUUUGGACCUGAAUAUGUGGAAGAACCAGAUCUUCUACCAGCCGUAUGAGUACGGUCAGUACGUGGGGCCUGGCAAGCAGAUCUUAAACGUGGAGAAGGCCGAAACACUCAGGAAGUUCAACCGCAGCACGUUGACUUACGAGUGGCGCACCAAAAACGUGGACCCGAGCACCAACCGGCCCUACAUGGAGCAAGACCUGUCCCUGCACAGUCGCUACAUCGGCGCCAGCAUGCAAAUCAAGUGCCUGGCCUUCAUCCCCAGCGUGCUGGCGUUCCUCUCCUUCGGCUUCUUCAUCUGGUUGCUGGGCCGAUUCCCCGACCCGGAGCCCUUCGCCGAAAACUUGGACACGAGCUACGAGAGGAUGACGAGGAAGUCGCCCUCCGAGUACAGCAAAGAGAUGGGUGCCACCCCCGAGGAACCGCGGGACGCCGGCGACUCAGACAGCCCGAAGCGCUCGGGGACGCCCGUGUCGCUAUUCUUGGACAGGGUGCACUUUGCCAAGACGCCUCCCGCCAGCGACGCCAUCUCCGCGGCAGCGCAAGAGGAGCAUCCCGUCGUGGAUAUCGACCCCGAGACACCCGAGGACUGGGACGCCUCUCACGACAUCCCGUUCCUCUUGUGGCUCGGCGUCAGUCAUGACGCCGCUGAGCCGUAUGAGGAAACCAACGUCUCUCACGACAUCGCCCAACAGUCGCCGUGACCACUCGGUCAAAGCAGCGAGCCACGUAGCAUUUUUUUAACGAUAUUUUCUUACUGCUCUGUUUUGAAACCAAAACUGUUUGACGGAUCUUUCCAAACAGAACUUUGGCACGGUGCCUGCUGUGAUUUAUUUGUGCAUUACCAAUACUUGAGUGCCUUAUAACCGAGGCCUAUUCCUUGAUCCCCACUGGUCCCGUUCAUCCAACCGCAGCGACGGCCGUGCCUUCACUUUUCGUACACUUUGCAAGUCUAAGCCUCUGCGAGUACCUAUCGUGCUUGAAGAUGUCUGAUUUAGAAUCUGCUGCAGUCCUCUGAGACACAUUUUCAUGCCAACUUCACCUCAGAGCUGUAAUCACGGUAUGGGACUCUUGCUUUUUUUUCAUUUAAAAUGCAAUUUCCCGGCCUUUACCGCAACAGCUCCCAGUUCUUGUUUAUUUCUGGAGGUUUCUCCCUUCACUAUCCCCUUUAGGAGGGGAAAAUGCAGGCUUUGUUGGGUUAAAGGUCAGUGAUUACAUUGGCCAGUGUAAAACCUUCAAAAGCUGGAAUCCUGAACUUUUGUCUUCUAUUCAUCUUUUGGUCUGAAAACCAAAUGUCGUCAGCGCGCAAUAAAAACAAAGGAAGUGACCUGCCAUUCCAAUACUUUUGGAACUAAAAGACGAUUUGAGCUGUGAAUCUUUUGAGUCACAAGCAUGGUCACGGAACGAAUUAAACUCGUAUGCCAAGGC